GAUAAUGAGCCCACAUGUUCUGAGCAGCACGUGUGCCUGUAGUGCCUGCUUUGUAUAAAUAAUUUAAACACAUUUUCAUUGCACUGUGGUGCCCAAGUGUUAAUGCUGUUUUCUUGGCCAGCCUAAUCCCAGCAUGUCAUGUAGGGCAGUGAGCAUCUUCUCAGCACUUCCAUAAUUCUUUUAGUUUUGCUGAACAAUAAGGUGGUGACAAAUGAAUUUAGAGUCGUGAAGUGCAAGGCUCUCUUUCUUAUCUCUGAAAGACCCCCCACAAUACUGGGUAGUUGAAAGGGAGGUUUGAGGCAGGUACAGGUUGUCAUGGUUGCUGCUGAUGUCACAGUCCCAGAAUGACCUGUGGAUACCCUCUGAGAGCAGUUCCACGUACACCAAGUAGUUCCAUCAUUUUCAAUGCAUCCCUAGUCGGUCAGGUAGGUGACUCUGUUGGCUCAACCAUGCUUUGAGCCCACUCCAGUGCAGUCCCUCCUUCCCAGGGCAUGAGAGCUUCCUCCUCCCUGCCUGGCCCUGCUGCCAGUGUGUGUCAUGGAGCCCUCUGAGCUGUUGGCUUUGCAAGUCUGCAGUGCGCUGGUAUUUCACAGCUAAUUCUCUUCUGAAAGAGUUGGGAGUAGUUGUGUGUGCAGAAUACAUUAUUGGGUAAAUCAAAAUUUUACUUUGAAUUGGAAUUAAAAAACUUGACCCAACUACUCAGCUCUGAUCUAGAAAUUAUUUUGCUGGACUUAAAAGACCUAAGACUUAAAAGCCAGUGCUGUCCUUCACAGCAGGAGAGCCUUUGCUAUGGAAAACUGCAUUUUUUCAAUGUGUAUAGGGAAAAUUGCAGCUUAUGGGAUAUUGGGCAAGGCCAGGUAGGGCUUUUAGUCUUCCACAACUACCAGUAGGUUGGACCUGUUGGUUUCAAAGAAGGAUGAAUGGGAUUUCCAGCUUUAAGCAUUACUGAGGGAGGAGGAGGAAAUGUAUUGAGAAAAGUGAACUAUAACAACAGGUUUGUAGGCUUGUGCUUAUCAUGGAGUUGGGUUUUGAUGAUGAGAAGGUAGUUAAGUCCUGAGUUUGAUACAAGAUGCCCAAAAAUGCAGGGACCUCCUUUGAUCUUUGAUGGGAUCCCUGGACAGCUCAAAAACAUAAUCAUCCCUUCUCUUUCCCCUGUCACUUCUAUUGUACCAGACUGCCAAGGUACAAAGCCUUUUUCUGGGAGGUCCAGCCCCAAAAAGCACAUGGCUGCAAUUUGUGAAUCUUUGUAUCAAAACUGUUCUCGCAUUCAUUUGGUCCCACCCAACCCAGCGUUGGCUGCUCAGAGCAGCAGGUGUUGCCUGUUUUGAGCCUGUGCUGUGCAAUUGCCUUUGCUAUUUCCCCUCCUUUCCUCAGCAGCACAGUAACAGACGUGUGAGAGGAAGCUAUGGCAUCAAAGGAGCCGGCCUCUUUCGUGGACAGAACCACCUGGGAUUUCCUCAACCUCCUGGACAUGCUGGGGGGCCGGAAUGGACGGGUAGGGGUGAUGGAGGUGGACCAUGCUGAGUCAAGAGCUCCCUCAUUGCUGGUGGAUUUUACCCGGGACCUGUGUGGCACAGGGGACAUCAAGCACAAACCGCAGCAGGCAGAGAAUGAGGGAAAGGAAGAGGAAGACCUGGUUCCCCCACAUCUGAUUUUUAUGCUAUGGCAAGCCAGCGUGUUGAAAAGGCUCAUGCAGUGGGAUCACCUGGAGGAAGCUGUCCGGGAUGUGAGGAGCCUCCUCCCCUGCCUGCCUCAUGUGCUGGUGCUCGUGAUGAUCCGUCCUGACUCCCCCGAGCAGCUGGACCAGGCAGUGAGAGCGCUGAGGAGAAUGCAGUGUGUGCUGGAUGGGGCCCUGCAACUGACUGUAGAGACUGCAAUUUACAGCCCAGGCCAGCCUGGAGGCAUCCUGGAGGCAAAGAGAGCUGCCUGUAGGGCACUGAGAGAAGCCUUGAACUGCCAUGAAGAAGUCGACUCCCAGGAGCCAUUUGUUAUUUCACUCCCGGAGCUCAGAUACUGCCGAGUUCUUCCUGAAUGCAGGCAAGAGAAAGUAUCAAAGACAGAUGGAGAAUGAAUUCCCUUGGGCAUCUGAAUCUGUCAGGUUGGUUUUAGCACUGUCCUGCUGGAUGCCCCUUUGCAGAGCACUUCCUUCCUGCUGACUUGCUUGUCUGCCUAGACCUGUAUGGAUGAGAUUCAGUGUGUGGCUGCUGCCAGAAGGGGACAGUGCGCCCUCAGCAUCGCACUGUCCUUGCCACAGAGCUCAGAGUUCUUUGCUGCAUUGGCUGAACAGUCUGCCUUGGGAAUUUUUUUAUCAAAAGUCCCUGGGUUUGUGCUUUGCAUUAAAUGCCUUGCUUGAUUAUCAAAAUGUCCCUAAGAAACCUGUUCCUAAGGAAACUGUCAGCAGAAAGGGAAUCAGAGCAGGCCAGAAGCCUCUAAAUUUUAAACUGUCCCAAAACUGAAAUAGUGAGAGAAACUCAAGACUAAGACCUCAGACCAUGUUUUCCCAGGAGAACCUGGAUGCAGGAAUCUUUGGUACAUGGUUCUCAUUAGGAACAAAGCUCCUGAAGCUCUCCAGGGUUCUUUGUAGCAGGGAGUUGACCUUGCAUACAAGCGGGUACAUAUCCAGCAGAUUGGGUUUCUGGGAUGGGUUAUUUUGGAUGGGAGGGACUGUGGGAGCAGUAGAAUAUUUUUAAAUCCAAUUACCCACUUAAUAGCUGAACUCAUUUCCCAUCCUCUCUGGGCAUGGCAAAAGCACUAUAGGUAGCUGCACUUUUUUGCAUUGGGAGUUUAUAUGUAUUUUUUCUCUGGUGUUUUUUGUAGAUCUUUUGUCAUCCUAAGAUCUUCAUUAUCAUCAAAAAAGGAU